AUCGAACUGACAACAUAGCCGAAUUGUGUCAAAAGGAAGCAAACACAUGAUUUGAGUUCCCCCUCUGUGGAAAAAGAAAAAAAAAAAAAAAAAAAAAAAAAAGAAAUACUUCCGUGGUUAAAGUUAUAAUGAUGAGGCAUUUAUUUUAAAUGACGCAACUUGGGCAUACACAAACUGAUAAGUAAAAACACACGUUUAUCCUUAUGUGCAGAUAUACGCAUGCGUUAUACACUUGUGUACACCUUGAUGUGGAUGCAAAACGGCGCAUACACCAUUUUUGGCAAAGAGGCAUAUUGUGCCUUUUGAAAAAUUGCCCUCGGUUGGUCGGUUGAACUAACGGGCGACGCAGUACCACCACAACGCUGCUCACGUGCAUGUCGGCGCCCGCAUGCGCACGUGUGUAAUGGUCUCCAAAAAGAAGCACAUGCGAAGUUGAGCGCAACCUCGAAUGUAAACUGUAGUGCAACCCGAGCGCAACCGCAAACUCCGCCAACUGCGCCAACACCGCCAACUGCGCCAACACCGCCAACUGCGCCAACACCGCCGCGUGUGCAUACAUACUACCCACCCAAGCAGAUACAUACGCGCAUAUGCACAAAUGCGUACAUGUACGUGCCUGCAUAGUGGUCUACACCAUCAGAAAGAACGAGAAACGCUCCGCCACCAACGCGACACCCUUAUGCUCACAAGACGUGGUGCAGAAUGCAUAUGGCCAGCAAGAGCAGCAACUCCUACCAACGUGAUAUAGAUAACAUUACCAAAAUAAAAGGAAACAACAAAUGUGCCGACUGCGGGGCCAAGUGCCCAAGGUGGGCAAGCAUCAACUUGGGCAUCGUAAUAUGCAUAGAGUGUUCAGGCAUUCACCGAAAUUUAGGUGUUCACAUUUCCAAAGUCAAGUCCUUAACGCUGGAUAAAAUUAUGCCACAAUGGAUACAUAAUUAUGCAGAACUGGAUAAAAAAUAAAUAUGAGAAGAAGUUGUACGCGCCCGCGAAUAGGAAGGAGCCCUACCAGUACUACGUGGAAGGGGUGGACCCCAGAAGCUGCCUCCCACUGCUGGCCCCCGCCAACGCGGAAGUGAACGAAAAAAUUACGGAGAAUGUAGGCAGCUUAGACAUUUUCGACUCCCUUAAAAUAUUUGAUAAUAAAAAAAUAGAAGAAGCUUUGCGAAAUAAAAAGAGCAGCAGCAACAAUGAGAAGGAAACAGGUCUACUCACAGAGCACACAAAGAAGGAACCCGCAAAAAAAAAAAUCUACAUGAAUGAUAAUUUUUAUUCAUUUGACCAUAUCCCCUAUAGGGAAAAUAAUUGCAGCAGCAUCCAUAAUGAUAGCAGGAACCCGUCCAAGGAUUCCUAUUUCUUCAACGACUUUGUUAAUGUGAGUAGUUCAAAUAAAAACUCAUUCGACGUGAACAUUCCGAAGGACGUGAGACACCCCGGUAAGGGUAAUGACCAGUGUAGCAGAGAAAAGAGCUUUUCCCAUUUGGAAGAAGCCAAAAAAGUGAACCUUCAUGGUGAUGGCACAGGCGGAAAUGGCAGCGGCAGAGGUGGGCACCAUGUGAGUAACAGCCGAAGCAACAGCCGAAGCGACAGCCAAACGAACAGCCAGAGCAACAGUCGAGGCAUUAGCCGAAGCAACAGCAGAACCUUCAGCCAUAGCAACAGUCAAAGCAUCGCCCCGAGUAACAGUCAAAGCGUCCGCCCGAGUAACAGCCAUAGCAUCAGUCCAAGUAACAACCAUAGCAUCAGUCCAAGUAACAACCAAAACAAAGUCCUCAGCAGCAGCAUGGCCAACAUCGGAGGCAGAGCCGAACCGUCCAAACUCAGCGAGAAAAAAAACUUCGGUAGCUUUAGCUCCCUCUCGGAGAAAGAACUUAGAGACGCAAAAGUGCAAGCGGCAAAAAAAUGCAUUGCGAGACUUUUUGCCAACUCGAAAAAUAUCUCCUUUUCAGAAAAAAAUAAAAGUAACACAAGCGUAAAUAAUCAGGAUGGCCCAGUUGGAAUUGUAAAAAACCACGUGAGCAAUAUGCACUGUAAUGCAAUAAAUGGAGACAAACAUAAUUCUUUCGAAGUGUUUCGUCCGAAAAAUGCAAACAGUGAUCGUCCUGAUAGGGACCAUUUGGACAUGUUCGCCGAGCAGGAAAAGACGAACAAUUUAAAAAAUGAAAAUAAAGCCGACAAAGAUUUUGAUUUUUUUUUUUGA